GAAGUGGUGGAAACCCUACUUGAUUCUGAUAUGCCAAGGGUUAAUCCAAGAUGGCCGGGUUUACGGGUUUAUGUUUUAAAAGAAAGGUGUCACGUAUCGCAUGGUUGUUAUGCAAAAGAACCGAGGUGAGGAUGCAUACAGUAUGCAGAACCUUCACCAGUGGAUCCAAUACUCAACAACAACAGCUAUCAAGAGCGAGGGGUAGUAUUUGUAUGUAUUCAACUGAAUCUUCAAUCAAUGGUUGUACGGCCCUACUGUACAGAAACCACGGGGACCCUGCUCAAGUUGUUCAGUUGGAGAGCAUGGAGCUUCCCUCUGUUGGUGCGAAGAGUGUCCUUGUAAAAUUGUUGGCAGCCCCCGUCAACCCUUCUGACAUAAACAUGAUCCAAGGUACCUAUGCCAUCCUACCUGACCUUCCAGCAGUAGGGGGAAACGAGGGGGUGGCCCAGGUCCUGGAAGUGGGCAGCCAGGUGAAAGCACUCAAACCAGGGGACUGGGUGAUCCCAAGAGAUGCUGGAUUAGGGACGUGGAGGACAGCAGCGGUGUUAGCUGAAGACGAUGUGAUCUCGCUGCCCAAUGACAUCCCCCUGUUCUCUGCAGCCACACUGGGGGUUAACCCCUGCACUGCCUUUAGGAUGCUCUCCGACUUUGAGGAGCUGAAACCAGGUGACACAGUGAUCCAGAAUGCAGCCAACAGUGGUGUGGGUCAGGCAGUCAUACAGAUCGCUGCUGCAAGGGGGAUCCAAACCAUCAAUGUGGUCAGAGACAGGCCAGAUCUCACACAGCUUACUGAUAGGCUGAAGGCCAUGGGCGCCAGUCAUGUGAUCAAAGAGGAGACCCUGAGGCGGCAUGAAAUGAAGGAACUUUUCAAGACCUGUCCAAGGCCUAAGCUGGCAUUGAAUGGAGUUGGGGGCAAGAGUGCAACAGAACUCCUCCGUCACUUACAAGUUGGAGGGUCGAUGGUGACGUAUGGAGGGAUGGCCAAGCAGCCAAUCACUGUUCCUGUGAGUGCCCUGAUCUUCAAAAAUGUGAAAGUGCAAGGGUUCUGGGUCACCCAGUGGAAGAGAACCCACUCUCAGGAUGAGGGGGCCUUACGGGGAAUGCUGGAUGAGCUCUGCUCCCUGAUCCGCCAGGGAAAGCUGACCGCACCUGCCUGUUCCGAGGUGGGCCUCCAAGACUUCCGGCAAGCACUGGACACUGCCAUGCAGCCGUUCACCUCAGCCAAACAGGUCCUUGUCGUGUGACCCUUCUUUUGACCAGCCCCGGCCGUUCUCAGGGUUGUGUUCAUUAGGCACCAAAUGGAAGAAAUCGGACUGAAACAGGGGGGGACUACCUGGACUUGUGCAAUAAGAAACAGUGUUUUGCAGCAGGUGCCCGAUUUGAAUACGACCCUGCAUACAAAACGAAGUCCCCGCACGUUCAACGGGUGCAGCACCAAGGCUGCCGUCUCGACAUUGUCAGAAAUACGUUGCUAAAGCAAACACAUUCAAUAUAUGUGUAUCUUCCGUAGAGGGUCAAUGUCCACUAUAUAUGUUAUCAGCACCACUUUUUUAUUUAUUUUAUUUUUUACUUUAAGUCAUCUUUCCUGACAAUGUUCCUGGAAUUCUUUCAGAAUGGUCAUGGAUUACUUGACAACUGUUAUGUAUUGUCUACGUUUGUUUCUCCUUUAUGGUAACAUUGUUAUAGACUGGUCCCAGAUCUGUUUGUGCUGUCUUGGCAACUCCUAUGGUUAUUACUAUGCAAGAUGGCACAAACAGAUCUGGAACCAGGGUAACGUGGUUAUGCAACACAUGGUGUUCUGGUAAAACACUAAUAAACAUUUGGCAAAGAUCAAUCUA